AUGUGGGGUUGGGCCAACGCAAAGCCCGUGGCUAUCGUGCGGCCCGAGUGGGUGGUCGCCUCCCUUCGCGCUGGGCAGCUGCUGCCGGUCAAGGACUUUGCGCUCGAAACCAUCAGGGACGCCCCCCACCAGCGGCGGCUGACCGACUUUGCGCGCCACCAGGCCGCGGGCGUCGUGGCUACAGAGCUGUACCCGCGGCUGCAGCGGGAGCAGGAGGGGGAGGCGCGGCAGCAGGGGCAGCGGGACGAGCAGGGGGGAGAGCAGCAAGGGCAGGAGGGGGAGCAGGGAGAGCCGCAGCAGCAGCAGCAGCAGCAGCAGCAGCACGAGCAGCAGCAGAUGUUUGACGAAGGACGACUGCAGCAGGAUGAUGACGGGAGCCAGCAGCAGCAGCAGGAGCAGCACCAUCAGCAGCAACAGCAACAGCAACAGCAGCAGCAGCAGCAGCGGCAGUCGCCGGACCGGGCGCUGUCGAGGCCGCGGCAGCUCGCGGCCGCGCAGGCGCUUGCGGCGCGGCUGCGUGCUGACUGUGAUGUCUUGAAGAUGGCGCCGCGCACCACGGCGGACGACCCGGAUUUCAUGGCGACAUACUUCAGGUCGUCGCGGCUGCACUGGAUAGGCUGCUGGAAGGCACGACUGGAGUCUGCCAUGUCAGCCCCGACCCUUGACGCCGGCCCGAGCCCCAUCCUGGUCGGCCCCCGCGCCGCCGCCCCCGUCCCCGCCGCCUUCGCCGCCGCCGGCCGCCCGCACGGCGCGGCGUCGCGAUCGCCAUCCACGGCCGCGGCGCCGAGGGAGCGCGCCAUACUGCACCUCGAUAUGGACUGUUUCUUCGCCGCCGCAGCCGCCGUGGGCCGCCCCGAGUUCGUCGGCCUCCCCCUCGCCGUCUGCCACAGCGCCAGCGAGCGCGGGAGCGGGGAGGUGUCGAGCGCGAACUACGAGGCGCGCGCGGCAGGCGUGGGGGCGGGGAUGUUCAUAUCCGAGGCGAAGCGGCGGUGCCCGGAGCUGGUGGUGGUGCCCUACGAGUUUGACCGAUACGAGGAUAUCUCGAUGGAGGUGUACCGCAUCCUCAUGCGCACGACAUCGGCGGUGCAGCCCCUCUCCUGCGACGAGGCGUACCUCGACGUCACCGGCCUGGGUGACCCGGAGGAGAUCGCGGGGCGCGUCAGAUCUCAGAUCAAGGCGGCGACCGGCUGCCCGGCCAGCGUCGGCAUCGGGCCCAACCCCCUGGUCGCCCGCCUGGCCACCAAGCGCGCCAAGCCCGAUGGGCAGUACCGGGUGACGGGUGACAGGGUGCUUGACUUCACGGCGGAGCUGCGGGUCGACCAGCUGCACGGUGUGGGGUGGUCCAUGGCGGGCAAGCUGGCCAAGGAGCUGGGCAUCACAACGGUGCAGCAGGUCCGCGCCUGCAGCAAGGAGGUCCUCUGCCGCCGCCUCGGCCAGAAGGCCGGCUCAGAGCUCUGGGCCCACGCUCACGGCCGCGACGACAGGCCUGUGGAGCGCCCCGGGCCGCGCAAGAGCGUGGGGGCCGAGGUCAACUGGGGGGUGCGGUUCAGCGCCCUGGAGGACGCAAAGACGUUCUUGAGGGGCAUUGCCGGCGAGGUCGCCGCCCGCCUCGCGGCCGCGGGCGUGCGCGGGCGCGCGCUCACGCUCAAGGUGAAGCGCCGCCAGGCGGGCGCCCCCGAGCCGGCCAAGUUCAUGGGCCACGGCAUCUGCGACAACGCGAGCCGCUCGAUGUGA